AUUGUUUUGUCCCCUAAAAAUUAUUUUUGGCUCUGCAAGAAGUCUCAACCUCUAAAAUUAUAAUGUCUUACAAAACAUCAAGUAUUUCUAAAAUAAGGAGUUACUAUCAAUUUUAAACAGGUAUUAUGGAAUUUGAUGUCGUGCUUUUCUAUUCGUCGUGUUUGUAUCCGUCGCAAAAUUGCUCUCAACAUAAAGGAAAUCAAUCAAAGAAUAGAUGAUAUUGUGAAGGAGAAAGAGAAAUAUCAAUUGCUGUCGAUGUCAAUAAGUAACACAAUCAAUCAUCCUCAACAACGGCCAGAAACUUCAUCUUUUGUGGAUCUGUCAAAACUAUGUGGUCGGGAUAAGGAGAAGGCAUACAUGCUAAACUAUUUGUGGGGAGGGAGUGGUGAAGAGGAGGUUGGUGAAGUAAUCCCUACCAUAUCUAUAGUAGGGAUGGGGGGGUUAGGAAAGACAGCUCUUGCACAACUGAUAUGUAAUGACAAUGAAGUUAAAAAGCAUUUUGACAGGGUAAUCUGGGUUUGUGUCUCUGACCUUUUUAAUGAGAACAAAGUUGCAAGGGCAAUCAUUCAAGCGCUUGAAAAACUUGGAGAUAAUGCUGCAUAUGGCCUAGAAUUGAAUCCAUUGCAGUUCCUUUUGGAAAGGAUUUCUAGCUCUAUCCAGGGAAUGAAAUAUUUUCUUGUUUUAGAUGAUGUUUGGGAUGCAAAAAAUGGUGAGAGGUGGGAAGGACUGAAAGCCGCUUUCAAAUUUGGUGCCCCAGGAAGCAGAAUUUUGGUUACUACACGUGAUGUUGAAGUUGCAAAAAUGAUGGGCUCCUCUUUCUCACAAAUCAUUUCUCUGGAGAAAUUGGGUGACGAGCAAUGUUGGUCAAUAAUUAAACGUAUAGCAUUAGAAGGAAGGGAAGAUCAGAAUUUGGAGAAAAUUGGGAGGGCAAUUGCAAGGAAGUGUAAGGGCUUACCGCUUGCUGCAAAAACAUUAGGAAGCCUUUUAAAGACUAAAACAAAUGUACAAGAGUGGCAAAGUGUCCUGAAUAGUGAAAUAUGGGUACUCGAAAUGGCACAAAAGGAUAUUUUUGCUCCUUUGUUGUUGAGUUAUUUUGAUUUGCCCCCUCCAGUAAAGCAAUGCUUUUUGUAUUGUGUUCUUUUUCCCAAAGAUCACGAAAUUUGGCAUCAUGUGAUAAUUCCACAGUGGAUGGCAAUGGGUUAUUUAGGGUCAGACCGUAAUUCAGAAUUGGAGUCAAAAGGAGAAGAGUACUUUCGCAUCUUAGUGGCCCGCUCUUUCUUUCAAGAUCUUGUAAUGGAUGAUGAAAAGAUUAUUUAUUGCAAGAUGCAUGACAUGGUACAUGAGUUUGCUCAGUUUUUGGCAGAGAAUGAGUUUAGGACAUUGGAGAUCAAGGCCGAUCAUUUGACUAGAGAUGAUGGGUCAAAGCUUCAUCACUUGCUUCGUCACAUGACAGUGAUGGUUGAUAAAGGGAUCAAUUUUCCUACAAUGAUUUCCGAUGCAGAAAAAUUGCGAGCCCUUAUAACGUUCACUGGGGUGGGUGCACUGACUUCUGAGGCCUUGUGCAGCUUGUUCAAUCGAUGCAGACGCUUAAGGUUAUUGUCUGUUGGUUGGCCCGAUGGAACUGAUCAUUUAUGUAAAGAAAUUCCUGAAGAAAUCGAGAAAUUGAUGCACUUGAGAUUCCUUCACUUGCCUUGGAGUAAUCAACUAGAAGGGCUGCCUGAAGCACUCUGCAACCUACUUAAUUUGGAGUAUUUGGAUUUGACGGGCUGCCAAAAUCUCAAGCAAUUGCCAGAUUCCAUAGGAAAAUUAAUCAACUUGAGGUUUCUUUUUACUAAUGCUUGCCUUGCUCUCACUCACUACCCAAAAGGAGUUCGGAAAUUGACAUCUCUUAGACAAUUAAGGGGGCUCAUUGCCAGAGCUGAUCGCAAUGAUGCUAAAGCAUUUAGCCUUGUUGAUCUUGAAAACUUGAAGCACCUCCAUGUACUGCAUUUGAAAGUGGCGCCCAGCAUCCUACUGAAUACAAAAGUUGAAUGCUUCUUAAUGUGGGAUGCAGCUUACUUUCCCAAGGAAUUGGACGUGCUUGUGGCAAGGGUUAUCGCAUGCCACCAUCUCACCAAAGCUGACUUGAUUGCAGAAAUAGCAUGUGGGCUCAUUUGGAUAAUUGGAUCCACUGGUGAAUCUAGCUCCAUGCCAGUUGGAUUAGCAGCAGCAGCUGCCACUUCUGUUGCUGCCACCGCUGCUGCCGUUGUUGUUGCCAGGCUCCUGGUUACUGUGUCAAAAGAUGAUACUGUAACUCUUGAUGGGGCUGGUGACAAGAAGUCUAUCGAGGAAAGACGUGAACAGUCAGCAAUUGAAUUGAGCACCUCUGACUAUGACAAAGAGAAGUUGCAAGAAAUAUUGGCAAAGCUGUCUGGUGGUGUUGCUGUUUUGAAAAUUGGAGGAGCUAGUGAAACUGAAGUUGGUGAGAAAAAGGACAGAGUCACAGAUGCCUUAAAUGCCACAAAAGCUUCUGUAGAAGAGGGUGGUGGUGUUGCUCUUUUGUAUGGAACAGAAGAGUUGGACAAGCUGCCUACUGACAACUUUGACCAGAAGAUUGGUGUUCAGAUUAUUCAGAAUGCUCUGAAGACUCCUGUGUACACAAUUGCUUCCAAUGCAGGAGUUGAGGGAGCUGUUGUGGUUGGCAAGUUGUUGGAACAAGAUAACCCUGAUCUUGGAUAUGAUGCUGCCAAAGGUGAAUAUGUUGACAUGGUUAAAGCCGGUCUCAUUGACCCAUUGAAAGUUAUUAGAACUGCCUUGGUUGAUGCUGCAAGCCUGCAAGCUAUUGUAUCUGAGCUCCCAAAGGAUGAGAAGGAAACUCCAGCAAUGGGUGGCAUGGGUGGCAUGGACUAUUGAGGUUCUUCUCAAUACCAUAACAGUCCAAAUUGCUUGGACAGAAAAACAGAACAUUAGUGUUUUAGCUGAUUUGAGUCUUAAUUGUUUCAAUCACAAGGCAUCCAUGUAAUCAUAACCAGAGAGCAAUUGUAGGUAGUAUUUGCAAUGGAGAACGAAACAUCUCUCAUUAUUGUUGCAAGUUGCUAGGAAGACCCCACCUUCAUCGCAUUACUGGCUUUUCUUCUUAAAGGAAGGUGGCAAUUUAUGGAUGUUAUUACCAGUUUAAAAUCAAAUGCUGAUUAGGUUUUUAAAUCUGCUCACUUUUGUGUAAUAAUAUACUCCUGUUUCAGAA